ACCAACAUGGCGGAUGAAUCGCAAAAGGAAGUGGAGGAGCAGCUUAAGAAACGGAAUAUAUCCAAGGACAGAGAUGUGGUGGAAUUAUACCUCGCAAAUAGGGGUCUAGAGGCAGUAACUGAUUUAUYUAGAUUUAAAAAUCUUCAAAGAAUUUGGCUUAAUGGAAAUAGGCUUCGCAGGUUUAARUGCUUUAAAUCGAAUUACCAACUAACAGAGGUGUACCUUCAAAAUAAUCUACUUCUAGAGAUUAAUGGAGCACUACAACACUUGAAAUGUUUGGAAGUACUGAUGCUCAAUGGCAACCAGCUGACAAAACUCAGCCAUGUCGUGCACGAGUUUAGAAACAUGCAAAAGUUGAGAGACUUGAAUUUGUUUGGUAAUCCUUUAUUCCAGGAGUAUGAUUACCGGUCAUAUGUAAUUCACUUCAUUCCGUCCCUCAAAGUUUUAGAUAGAAAAGAGAUAUUAAAACAUGAAAGAGACAAAGCCUUCAAAAAGUAUCAACCACAUCGGGACAUGGUUAAGGAAACAAUUUCUUUUGGUCGUUGUGUAGAAGGACCCCCUCAAAGAGUGUACUUUCCACCUUCUACAGCAGUGACUGUUGACAAUGAAAGUAGAAAAAAUCAAGUAAAUGAUGAUGAUGUGUCAAGCGAUUCCAGAAGCGUAAAAGACAUUUCCAUAGAUGCAGCUAUUGAAAAAAGGAGUCUACAGAGAUCAGUUGUGCAGUACUCAACCUUUGACUGGUCAACUGUACCUCUAUCUGAGGAGAAGAGACUUGCAAGAGAGGAACCAAAGCAACCUAGAAUCCUCACUGUUAGAUUUAGAUAAUAUUAUUAUUACCAUGUAAAUAUUAUAUUAUUAAAUUUUGUGUCUGCUUGAUAUUUAGAACAUAAUAUCAAUUAGUGAAAUACAGAGAUAACAUGGUCUUUUUUACAGACAGCCUGGGCAUUUAUUUCUUUAUAUGAUAACUGUGCUACAGCUAAAAGGUUAAAUUCUACUCUGUCAGCAAUACCAUACUGCAGAUAAACAAUUGUAAAAAAUAUUAUUGUUCUUUGUGAAUAAAUUAUAAAUU